AACUCUGUCCAGUCCCCCAUUAGGCCAUGGUAUUUGGCAAGUGGAGUAAAGGCAUUUAGUUUGAUGGACCGUGUCAGCAGAUGCUUCGGUAGCCACUUGUAGUCGCCAGACUUUAACUGAUAACCUUUAUGUUGAACUAUAUUUGCUUGAAUUCUUGUAGAAAAUAUCUUCUACCAUCAAAGUGAACUACAACAAUGGGUCAAGCAGAAAGCCACAAUGAGAUUGAUUUGGAGCAAAUUCAGGAGCUGUGUAUGGCUUUUAUGAAGGAGUGCCCGAGCGGGGCUUUGCACCUACAUGAAUUAAAACGGAUCUUUGGUAUACCAGCCAGCUGCGAGGAAGAGACUUUGUACAUUGAGACUGUCUUCCAUUCAUUCGACACAAACAGGGAUAACGCGUUGGAUUUUAUGGAGUAUACAGCCGCUCUUCAUCUGAUAUUGCGGGGGAAUCUUGAGGAUAGGUUAAAGUGGUCCUUUAAAAUCUACGACAAGGACGGGAAUGGCAAGUUAGACCGAGAAGAGGUGAAAAACCUCAUUCGGAUCAUUUACAAAAUCAAAAUUCAUACAACUGCCAUAAACAUGACACCUAAUGAAGUCUGUGACAGGAUCUUUGAGCUGGUCGACCAAAAUCAUGAUGGCCAGAUUUCUUUUACUGAGUUCAUGGAGGGGGCCCAGAAGGACGAGUGGGUCAUGAAUAUGCUCAAGCUGGACGUCAACGCUAGUGGCUGGGUCAUGCAGAACUGUGUAAAAAUGACCUGAGCCCUCCAAACAGGCUCUCCCAUCUACACAGAGAGGGGUUGUGUCCCUCAAAUGACGUCUGAGUUUAGUCUUUUUCUCACAAGAAACCUGAUGCCUUGGGCCUAAAGAUCUGGUUCUGCCUCCAGGUUUGCUUGUGGUGGUUCAGGCAUAGACAUGGAGCACUUUCCUCCGUGUCACUUCUUGUAGUUGUUCUUUUAACAUGCUGUCCAUGCACGUUGAUGUGUCGGAACAACAGGCGUUCUCUUUUUGAGUUGGGACCAGCUGACAGGAUGGAGUCUCAUUCAGCACAUGACUGUUAUAGAUUACUGGAACUCUGGUAGAUUUCAAACAGAGUUCAAAGGUCAUAUUGUGUGAUAUGAUAUUACACAGGGUCACUAUCCGCAGUUUGAGUAUUUACAUUGCAUUCAAAUGUAAAAGAUUAUGGAAUUCUAUACUCAGUAAUAUUGUGACGAUGGUUAUGAAAUUAUCAUAUUAAUAAUAUUAUAUAAUCAAAAUCAUUAUUUCACAACCUUAUACUUUCAAGUACAAAGUAAUAUUUUAAAACAUUAUAUCAAUGCAAAUAUCAUACCGUUAGUAACCUAAAUGUGACAUAUCAUGUUAUGUUACCCAUAUUUAUUUGACCUAUUAUGUUUAAGGAAUUUAUAUCACAUCAGAGAACUUAGAAUGGGGAUAUGUUAUAUUAUUCAAUGUCAAGUACUUCAAAUCCUUUCGUCAUACCUGUCAAAAACAAUGAGGCAUCACAAAAAAAGCUUUAAUAACCUUUAAAUAUCAGCAGAGUUUAAACUGUGAACCAAACUGUUGGCUACAGUCGUGACCAAAAGUUUUGAAAAUGACACAAAUAUUAAUUUUCACAAAGUUUGCUGCUUCAGUGUCUUUAGAUAUUUUUGUCAGAUGUUACUAUGGAAUACUGAAAUAUAAUUACAAGCAUUUCAUAAGUGUCAAAGGCUUUUAUUGACAAUUACAUGAAGUUGAUGCAAAGAGUCAAUAUUUGCAGUGUUGACCCUUCUUUUUCAAGACCUCUGCAAUCCACCCUGGCAUGCUUUCAAUUAACCUCUGGGCCACAUCCUGACUGAUGGCAGCCCAUUCUUGCAUAAUCAAUGCUUGGAGUUUGUCAGAAUUUGUGGGUUUUUGUUUGUCCACCCGCCUCUUGAGGAUUGACCACAAGUUCUCAAUGGGAUUAAGGUCUGGGGAGUUUCCUGGCCAUGGACUCAAAAUAUCUAUGUUUUGUUCCCCGAGCCACUUAGUUAUCACUUUUUUUUUUUAAAUCAACCCUUUGAUGAAGAAUUAACCAUGAUUAAGAAUUCACCUUUUGAUCAACAUCUAGUCAGCAAGUGCUGUGAUAUUUGAUCCAAGUAAUGACUAAAGAUAACACAACAGAUCAUUCUAGAUAGAACAAUCCUCAUACAAAAAAUGUAUAAUUUUGUAUGAGGAUUAUGUGCAUUCAACACAUUUACACCAAAUAUCUACAUUUCCAUUUGGUUUAAUCUAAUGCAAGCAUGUCCCAUUAAGUGGUCUCACCAUAGCAACCAUUCUUUGUUCAUUUAUUUGACAAUCGAUGCACCCAUCAUGAUAAACCACAGGCUUAUUGUUGUCGCAUAGCUGAGAGGUGUACCUGUAAGUAAGCAUUUAAUUGUACUGUGUAUGUACACCAAGUGUAUCCUGUGCAUACGACAAAUAAACUGGAUUUGAUUUGCAAAGCCACCCAGCCAUGUAGGCAUACCUCAGGGAGAAAGAAGCUUUCCACUAGUAUUUUAUUGGGUGGGGUGUCCCAGGAAAAACCUCCUUGCAUCCAUGACAACGGUUCCCAGCAUUGGUCUUCAUGUAGCCUACCACUCUAGGGUAUUAUGCAGGUUAUAUGUCCAAAUCAAUAGUCAGAGUGCAGUUAGAAGAUUGGCUCAGCUGAAAACCCACAUUCAAGAGGACCAUUGUUUUGAACUCUUGCUCCACUCUGUUACAUGAUACUGUGAUACACAACAUUUCUAUGCACAAGGCAUCGUUGUCUCAGAACAGAGGUUUGUUCAAACAUUAAGGCACAAGAGUCCAUGCUAUAUCAUGAAUAUAGUCACAGGUAAAUGCCGUUGUUCAUCUUGAUGUGCUUGUCACACCCUGAUCUAUUUCACCUGUCCUUGUUAUUGUCUCCAACCCUUCCAGGUGUCGCUUGUUUUCCCCAGUGUAUUUAUCCCUGUGUUUCCUGUCUCUCUGGGCCAGUGUAUUUAUCCCUGUGUUUCCUGUCUCUCUGGGCCAGUGUAUUUAUCCCUGUGUUUCCUGUCUCGCUGUGCAAGUGUAUUUAUCCCUGUGUUUCCUGUCUCUCUGUGCAAGUGUAUUUAUCCCUGUGUUUCCUGUCUCUCUGGGCCAGUGUAUUUAUCCCUGUGUUUCCUGUCUCUCUGGGCCAGUGUAUUUAUCCCUGUGUUUCCUGUCCCUCUGUGCCAGUUCGUCUUGUAUGUUUCCAAGUCAACCAGCUGUUUUUCCUGUUCUCCUGCCUUUGCUAUUCUCCUUUUUCUAGUCCUCCUGGUGUUGGCCCUUGGCUGUUUCUGGACUCUGUACCGACCUGCAUGACUAUUCUACCUGUCUUGACCUCGAGCCUGCCACUCUGUACCUCCUGGACUCUGAACUGGUUUUGACCUUUGACCUGUCCACGACCAUUCUCUUGCCUACUCCUUUUGGAUUAUUAAACAUCUUAAACUCCAACCAUCUGCCUCCUGUGUCUGCAUCUGGUUCUUGCCUUGAGUCAUGAUAGUGCUUAGUAGAAGGCCUUUCAACCCAUUUACCUGGGACUAUAUUCAUUGUAGUGUAGUGUCACGUGUCUUACUGCUUUUAAAAAAAGGGUC